AGCCGCAUCACGCCGUGCCGAGCAGUGCCGAGCAGUGCCCGCCAUGGCCAUCGCACACAUCGCCACCGAGUACGUCUUCUCCGACUUCUUGCUGAAGGAGCCGCCCGAGACUCGCUAUAAAGGGCUGCGGCUGGAGCUGGCGCUGGAUAAGAUCGUCACCUGCAUCGCCGUGGGGCUGCCGCUGCUCCUCAUCUCCCUCGCCUUUGCCCAGGAGGUCUCCAUCGGUGCCCAGAUAAGCUGCUUUGCCCCCAGCUCCUUCUCCUGGCGCCAGGCUGCCUACGUGGAUUCCUAUUGCUGGGCAGCAGUGCAGCAGAAGCAGCCAGCCUACAACAACCUGGAGAACAUUCCCCUCUGGCUCCAUAAAUUCUUCCCAUACAUCCUUCUGCUCGUGGCCAUCCUGCUGUACCUACCAUGCCUGUUCUGGCGCUUCACGGCAGCACCUCACCUCUCUUCAGACCUGAAAUUCAUCAUGGAAGAACUUGACAAAGCCUAUAACAGAGCAAUCAAAGCUGCUAAUAGUGUCCGUAGUGGAGACCCCAGGGACCCCGCUGACUUCAUUCCAGCUGCUAAUGAAAACGUGACACAGAGCUUGUGGGAAAUCUCUGAAAGCCACUUUAAAUACCCGAUUGUGGAGCAGUACUUGAAGACAAAGAAGAAUUCCAAAUGCUUAAUAAUCAAAUACAUCUUCUGCCGCUUACUCACUCUCGUGAUUAUCUUCGUUGCCUGCCUCUAUCUGGGCUACUACAUCAGCCUCUCCUCUUUGAGCGACGAGUUUCUCUGCACCAUCAAAACAGGGAUCUUAAAGAAUGACACGACUGUUCCAGAAGUGGUUCAGUGCAAGCUGAUUGCUGUUGGUGUCUUCAAGGUGCUCAGCUACAUUAACCUGAUAGUUUAUCUCCUUGUGAUGCCGCUGGUGGUGUACGCAAUGUUUGUUCCCUUCCGCUGGAAUUCGGGCAUUCUCAAAGUGUAUGAAAUCCUGCCAACUUUCGACGUUCUGAAGCUGAAGUCCAAGAGUUUAGAUGACUUAAGCCUUUACAUCCUCUUUCUUGAGGAAAACGUGAGUGAGCUGAAAUCAUAUAAAUGCCUCAAAGUGCUGGAGAAUAUUGCGGUUUCUGAGAAGUUUGAUGUCAUGCAACUUUUGAUAAACCUUGGUACAAUUAAGACAGAUACUAUUGAUGGGAAGCCAGGGACGGCUGUGGCGGGGAAGCCAGAGGAGACAACUGUAGAAGAGCUGGAAAAAGAUGCAACAGAGCUACAAGUUUUGGCAGACCGUGAUGCAAGUGGCCACGUGAGCCCAAAAGAAGAUAAAAAGCUUCGCCAAAGACUUAUCGACUCUUCGUGUUGAUGCCUUCCAGCUGCCGCAUGCAGGAGCUUCGUGCUGCUGCAAGAGGGCUUUCCUCUGCCUCCACUGUGCUGAACACAAGGUGCUGCUCUGCUCUUCGAGUGCAACUGUCCCAGGAGCCCGACAGCUCCUCAGAGGACAGACCAGUUUACAGACUGCUUGUUGAACAACAGGCAACAGUCACAUACCCCAAAAAAGCAUGCUGUAGACUUUCAGUAUUUCUUUAAGAAAAAAAAAGAAAAAAAUACCACGAAGAAUCAAUAAGUACAAAAAAAAGAAUCCCUAUUGUGAGUAACAAGUGAAAUGCACUCAAUGCACAUGAAGCCAGCAUCAGAAAAGAGCUCUGUUGGGUACAGAGGUGAGAAACUGCCCUGCACGUAUCAAAAAGAAAUGGCCAUGCUGUGUUCUGACGUGCUGCUCCAUGCUUGGCCAUCUUGUUGAGGCACGUGGGGGCUUUCUGCCCUAUUGAAGGGGUUUGUUUGUUGAAUCUGGUUAACGCAUGUACCAGGUGGUGCCUGGCUGCUGGUCUUAGCUGUGUCUUCACAGGAUAAAUAGGGGUUGUUGUGUUCAGUUUGAGAUGUCUUGAGUCAUCUCAGUAGCAAAGUGUGGGAUUACUCAUUUGGCACUGCCAGAAGAAGGAUCUGCAGUCGUAGUGUAAGGGGGUCCUGCAGAUGGUAGGGGCUUUGAAUUUUUCUAUGCUUUCACAAAAUAAUGUCUUAACAUUUUUUAUACAAGCUGUAAUGAUUUGCAAACUAAACGUUGGGCUCAUUCCUGUUGUCAGUUGGUUAGGUCUUAGUGAUUAAUGUAACCUGGGUGUUUAGACUGAAGAUCAGAGAAGUUGGCUCCAUUUUGUAACGAUCUGUAGACAUUCUCUUUUAUGGUUGUAUAUUUGGAACGGGUUUCAGUGUGUUUGUGAUGCAAACUGUUUGUGCUGUUUUCCAAUACCCACCUGAGUAGUUACUCUCAGUGCACUGGAGUGGCACCUGAGCACCUCAGCAGAACUAAGCACCCCAUAGGCAAUAUGACAGGGAUGUGCGCACAUAGAAAGGUUGCUCUCCUCUCAUGUCCCAUGACUUGAAUUGUAAUUAAAGAUAAGAAGCUGAAGAGGUUUGGAUGAAGGAAAGAGGAGUGUUUGUUAAUUGGAAAAGUGUCCCAGCUUAUUAUUGUAUGGUUUGGGAAAUACAGCGUUCAGCUUUUGUGUCAUCCCGCUCUGCCCAGGUCCUCUACCUUCUGUUAACAUAAAUAUGAACUUUGUUUUGGAUUUUGGGCACGGGGGUGGGUGGGUGGAGGUGUGAUGGUCAUGGUGACUAUGUCUGUCUUUCACAGAUGCUACAUGCGCACUUGUUCUGUGCAUCAUCUGUGUUAUCGUAACUGAAGUCUCUUGCCUGUCACCUCCUCUAGGUUGUCUUUUUGAUGCCUGUUUUGGCUCAGUAAACCUUCCAUUUCCCAGUUCAUCCACGUCUUUUCAUCUUGCCUGUUAGCAUUCUCCAUGCUGAGAAUGAGGAAUAAAAGAGGAAUCCGUGUUACAGCCUUUGCACUGAACUGUUGAUGUGCUGCAGCAGAUUUGAAAGAGAUAAUGCACCUGCUUGAGUUGGCUGCUCUUGCUAGACAAGUGGAUCCCAAGUGCUGCUCUGAGACACACUGUGCUGGUUUUACAAGAACAUGAUGGUUAUUGUACAAUUUCCACCUAAGAGGAACUUUAUUUGAAAGAAAGUCUUGAAGUCAUGAUAUUGUGCCAGUUCUUUAUAUAGGGUUGUAGCACAGCGUGCAGUCCCAAUGUGUACAGCAUUACUGGCAAGAAGUGGGGUAUAUGUUGGGUAUGGCCUGAGCUGCCACAUGCUUCUCCCAUUAAAUCCACAACCACUCUGACCUUUUCUAUACUGUCUCUGGCUGUGCUGAUGCCUGUUAUGUGUGGGUAAUGCAGGUGCACUGCUCUACAGCAGUGUGGUGUGUUGGUUGGAUGUGUAACCUGACAUGGAUUGGCACAACUAGGUCCAGCCACAUCAAUCUUACUCUUAAGGACUAUCUCAUGGAUGCCUUCCAUAAGGCUCCCUGAUGUCACCACCUCUUCUAAGUCUGAGUUUCAGAGAGAGAAGUGUGCAAAUACUCCUGAAGGAUUAAGAUGAGCUCACAGCGUGGCCAUGAGCUGCUGAGCUCUCUGCUGAUCCCAGUGCAGAUGCUCCUGUGCUGCUGUCAUUCAGAGAAACUCCUUUGGUUGUCUGCCCCUUGUACUUUGGGUGUUUUGAGAGGAGCAGUAGUGCAAUACUAAGGUUUAGUGAUAUGGGCAUGUUUGAACUGUUUGGUAUAAGUAACGAGCUCUUAGUCUUUAAAACAUGAAGCUCCUGAAGGUAAUAUGUGUUCCAUGAUUAUGAACGGUACCUUUUACUAACUCUUGUUGUGUUUUAAUAGUAUGACUCGCUGCAGUGAGUCUCUUGUUGUCUUCCAAGGUUUUCAAUAAAGCAUGGAUCCAUUCUCGGUUAUUUAAAUAAAAGUAAUUUUGUGAACUACA